AUGGAUGUCUCGGAAAUACUUCGCACCAUCGCGGCGCUCAAUACGCGGUGUGUUCGAGCGGAAAAGAUCAUCGCAAAGCAUGAGCAUAAUCUGGGCGCAGCACGGCAGUCGCUAGCGCAAACAAGCAACGAGCUUAACGAAACUGUGAAGGUGGCCGAGCUCCUCUAUAAUGUCAAUCGGAGGCUUAGGACUGUCACGGAUUACCUUCUAGCACAGCAUAGAAUGGCACUGAGUGACGGAGAGCCGAAAUCCGUCGAAGUGUUAAUUAACUCAAUAGUCAAUCAGACCGGAGCAGAGGCGCCGCCCAACUUUGAGAGAAACGGAAAUAUGACUACAGAUAAGGCUUUUCCACCCACAGAGGUAGAAAGUAUAACUAUAUCGCAGUAA